AUGGUCGAAAUCAAGUCGCUUUCUUCGCCAAAGGUGGCCAUCCCAGUUGUCGGAAUUUUGGUUCUUGUUGUGGUUUCUACCCUGGUUGCCAUGUUCUAUAUUAGGUAGUUUCGCAAUUUAUCUCAAAAACAGUUUUUGAACCAUACAGAAACCCAACGGUCACCGACGGUCUUUUUGGCGGAAACAACGACGAGACAACGUCGGCGUCGUCGGUUUUGGCUAUGCAAUCAGGAGACCUUUCGACUGAGCAUGUUACAUCAUCUUCGGUAGAUGCAACCAGUUAUAAUUUACGUAAACGAUAAUGUUUUAAAGAUUCAUUCUGACGGUCAAUCCGCUCAUCUCGUCCAGUCAACCACUUCAGGAGCCUAUGAACGUACGUUGAGGGGUCUUAUCAAUAGAUUCAAUAUAAUCAAUCAAUGAUGAUGAUAAUUCGAAUGAGUCACCUGGUAUCAACAGGAAAGUGAUUAUAUGACUUUGCUCUUUUUUUAGUCAUGUGAAAUAGUCUUGCAAGAUUUCAGAACCAAGUACAACAACCUCUUCUGCAGCCGCUACUCUUCCGGUAACCUCGGCUCCAGACCAAGUUUCUACCCCAAUGCACGCGAUUGAACCCGUCCAGCAUCUUUAA